UACCUGGGGGGAGGCCAUGGAGACAGAGAGGGGCUCCCUCGUCCCCCGGGACGUGGAGACUCCGAAGGAGAUGCAGCUUCGGGUGACCCCGUCGGAGGUGAAGUUCCUGGACACGCUGGCCGGGAAAGUGUACCGCCUCCCAAUUACUGUACACAAUCUGGGUCGUUUCAACCAGAAGAUCCGGUUUCAGGAGCCAGUCAAGCCACAGUUCAAACUAGUUUUGACCAAUCUGGAUAAAGCACUUGCUUCUGGACUUCAGAUGACAGCUAUGGUGGAAUAUCAUCCUGAUAAAGAUGAAAACACUUUUGACCAACUACUUAUUUCAAUUGCAAAUAAAACAAUAGAGAUCCCUCUAAUUGGGUUGAUUCCAUCCUGUCAAUUGGAAGUUGAGUCAGAAGUUGAUUUUGGCACAUUGGUUGCCAGUAGUAAAGUAUAUAGUAAAGAGAUUAAUAUCAUUAACCGUGGUAGAGUUCCAGGUGUAUUUAAAACAGAAUACCAGGGUCAAUUACCCAUUGUCAUUUUUCCAACUACUGGUAUUGUGAAGCCUAAGUCAUCAAUGGUUGUUAAAGUGGAUUUCUGUGCAGACCAGCCCAGAAUUGUAAAUGAAGUGGCAAAAGUGAGUUUGCAAGACCGUCCAGACAUACUCUUGAGUAUCAAAGCUCAUGUGGUUGAGCAGAUUAUUGAAUUGUUAAACAUGAAUAAUGACAAAAAGUUGGAAUGCAUACACUUUGGUUCUCUUUUCUUUGGAACAUCAAAAAUUGAACAUGCACUUCUGUACAAUAAUAGCCCAGAACCCAUAAAUUGGGUGGCCAUAAUACAAGAUGAUUCAGUUGGAGAAGAAUUGGGUACAAAUAUUCAUCAAAGAACAGAUGUUGCUUUAAAUAAUCUCACCUACUUAAGCAAAAUAAAGAAAAUAAAUGUUACCUCUUUUAUCUCCUGUGUUCCUAAUGAAGGGAGGUUACUACCUUAUCAAAAGAUUAUAAUUACGUUUUGUUUCAGCCCAAAGCUAAUCGUUGAUGGUAACAAGAAUAAUGAUCCUUCACACAGGCAGGACUAUGCUGUCUUUUUGAGAUUUGAGUCUGUAGGAAGUAAAGAUGGCUUUUUGAGAGAUGAUAUCAAUAAAACCAUCAAAAGUGAUCGAUUUCAGAAAGUGGAAUUAGCACUGACAGGCUCAGGACUUCCUGUCUUAUUACAGUUUAAUCAAGGAAAGGUCCUAAAGUUUCCACCUUGUUUCAUGGGUGAACAUUCGGAGAUUCGGUGUAUUAUGCAAAAUCAAUCCAAAUCACUCCCUGUGAUGUACCACUUUCCAAAAACUGCACAUUUUAAAAUUAAUCCUAAAAAGGGCAGGAUUGAUAAAGGAUGUACCCAGAAUGUGACAUGUUCAUUCAUUCCACAUCAAGUUGGAGUCUUUAAAGUGAAGCAAUUGCUAGAAAUUAUUGGCUUAGUGGCAGAUGAAAACUUGCAGUCUUCAUCACUGAAAGCUUUUCAUCAAAUAUAUUUAGAUUUCAACAGUGUCUGCAAACCUUCCACCAAUAAAGUUGUGAUGAAAAUUAAUCCUGGUAUAUCCCCUUUGGUCAGUAAUCCUACGGGACAGUUUGUCAUCAAAGACUUGGCAAAAUGCAAGGACUGUGCACCUGUCGCAAUGCUUCAGUCAACCAUGACACGCCUUCACAAUCAUCCCUCAAGUAAAGAGUCAAUGAAGGAUGCACUGAUAGCCUUUCCCAAUGACCGAGCUGCAAGUAUCAGGUCUGGAGACCAGCAUAAACAUUUCAGGACGAUUUUCACAAAGAUUCCAAGAUAUAACUAUGUGGAUCCUGAUUUUGCGUAUACUGAACUUGAAAAUAUAGAAAAGAAAGCACAUGAUGAUUAUUAUACAAGAUACAUUAGAUGUUUAAGAAAUGUGCGCCUGCGGAAGCAAGCAGAGAGGAAAUACAUGUAUUCAUAUAAUGACACAGACAUAGGAUUACAGCCAGGAUCAGGUCUAAAGUCACCCUCACCCUCAGAAGCGGAAAUAGAAGAGGCGAUAUCUUCAGCAGAGUGUCGGAUCAAAUGUAAGGAGUUGCUGAGUACCAGGAAUAUAGCAUCCAAGGAGACAAAGUCUCUGAAAAGAAAGGUUCUCAAAGGGCUUAAAUCGGGCCCAUCCACACCCCAUGAAAAACGUGAUUGCAGCUUAAUUUUGACACCAAAGCAAAUUCAUCAAGUAAUCGUUGGGCCCUCUGUCCUUAACUUUGGUGAUGUUUGUGUGAAUUCCACAAAUACUCAUCUACUGCAUGUUGUUAAUAUGCUACCUAUUCAUGUUUUGAUCCAGUUAGAUAUUAAUUUGGAAGAACUUCGGAAAACCAAGCAGUUUUCAUAUGUGAUUCCACCUACAGCCAGUACUUAUAUUUCAAUGGUAUUUGAAUCUCCCACCAUUGGAAAAUUUUGGAGGUCUUUCACCUUUACUGUGAACAGUGUACCCAGUGGGCACAUCCUGGUGGUGGCAGUUGUCCUGCCAGUAAAACUUGAGCUAUCUUCUAAUGAGCUGGUGUUGAGAUCACAAGGCUUCUUGGUGAAAACAUGUUUUAGGGGGACAGUUAGGUUGUAUAAUCAUCAGAAUUAUUUUGCCCAAUUUGAAUGGCAACCGGUAAACAAAGGAACAGGAAUAGCAUUUUCCAUUCGUCCAGCGAAAGGCACUGUUGAACCAUACUCCUCAUUGGAAUGUGAAGUAACAUGGCAGCCGGGUUUCGAUUCUCCAGAAAGGGGAGAAUUUAUUCUUCACGUCGGUGAAGGAAACACGCAGACACUAGAAUGUGUUGCACAUGUUGGUCACACCAAGGUCGUAUUUUUGGAGCCAAGAAUACUCUUCAGUAAUAGCCCUCAAGGUUUAACAAGCUGGAGGAAAGCCAUUCUUCACAAUGUAGGACAAAACCAUGCUUAUUUCAAGGUUUGUGACCAGAGUCUUUUGUCUACUAUUAAUAUUGUUCCAUCACAAGGAGUAAUUCCAUUGGGAGGCCUAAUUGUUCUCAAUAUCUCCUGUACACCUACCGUGGCAGAAAAAUUUGAUACAAGAGCAAAGGUUGCUAUUCGCUGUGCAAAUGUCAUAGACUUUAGGAUUGGUGGAUCUGUUGAAAUUGCUGAUGUCGAAAUCAAUCCAGAUGUAUUUAACUUCAGUGGCACUUAUGUUGGCGCUACCCACAUUAUUCCAUUUUUAAUAAAAAACAAAGGUAUAACACGUGCUAGAGUGGAGUUUAAUCUAGAACGCUUUGAAGAAUUUUCAAUAGAUUUUAAAGACAAAUCAGGGGAAUUCACAGACCCUGCAUUUCCUAACAUAUAUUCUUUGGAGUUAGAAGGAAAUACAUCUAUGAAAUGUGGCAUAGCAUUUUCUCCCAAAGAAGUGGCAACAUAUGACUUUAACAUUCAAGUUCGAAUUAAUUUCUUCGAGGCUUCAAAACUUUACACUCAGUGUUGUUUGUCAAAUUCGCCUAUGAUUCCAAAGACGACACCACUUAUUCGACCAUGUUAUGUUCAAGCUACUGUUUUGCAAGCACCAUUGAGAUUAUCCAGUACUGAUUUUAUUUUUAACAUCCCAUUACAUACUAUGGAUCCUAAAAACAAGGUCACAAAAACUCAGGAUCUUAUCUUACAUAAUACUUCAAAACAAGAUGUGGAAUGGACUUUGGAUAUUAGUAAUACUGGCAAGCUUUUCAAAGGUGGCACAUUCAAGUUUAGUGUACUGAGUGGGAUUCUACAACCACAUGAAGAGUGUAAUAUUUCCAUAAGUUUCUGUCCAAAUCGUCCUAGAAAAUACACAGCUAAUAUUCCUAUACGUUUAAAUGAUAAUCCAGUUUGCUAUCGAAUAUUAUCUCUGGUUGGAGAGGUAAAAUCACCCAAGUUAUUGUUCGACCCUCCAUUCAUAUUUUUCACUCCUGUUCCUUUGGAUGUAACAACUGUGAUGGAUAUCAACAUUUUACCUCAAAACUAUUUCAGAGAUUCAACUUUAAAUAUCCAGAUUCCCACAGCAAGGCUUCUUGAUGGUGAUAAGAUUCACCCUCUUUCUGUGACAUUUCCAAAAGGCACAGUCAUCACAGGCUCUCCAAAUGGGAUUAAUGCUGAGCUCCCCUGCCAACUCAGCUUCAAAUCAUCUAAACCUGUGUCAUUUUUCACCAAUGUUCUUUUCUGUGAUAACAGAGAUAACUGGUUUUCACUUCCAGUUACUGCAACAGCAGAAAACUGCAUUCUUACUAUUUACCCGUAUAUGGCAAUUUAUCUUGAUAAGCAGAAAAUUAUUUUAAAGGAUGAUCAAGAUGCCAGUCCUGUGAAAACUAGAGGCAGUAUUUUGCUUCCCUGUCGAGAAGCUGGAUUACCCUCUCCUAGACCUGCUAAAUUUAGUGAUGCUGGGCCUGCAAAGAAAAGAUUAUUUGUUGGAACGGAAACAAUACAUGAAAGAUUGAACUCGGGCAAAAGUGAAACACCAAAGAAAGAAGACAAUAGAUGUAUGGAAAAGAAGGAGAAAAAUGAACAAUUCUUUUUUCCUGAAGAAGGAACACAGGCAUAUGACUUCUUUCAGAAGGUUGUAAAUGCAGCUCAGACCUGGUUCACUCUCUUCGGCUGGCCUGAAGGACCCCAUUCUCUUUCUAUUCCAGAGACUAUAAGAAGGGAUGUGUAUAAAAUACAAUCUGGUUCAUCAACCUCGUCAUCCAAAAAACUUUCUGUAGAGAAUGAAUUUUCCAAAUAUAAUAAGACCAUUUAUGAUGUGAUACUCCACUUGAGUGGAAAAAUGCCAGCUGGAAUUAAUUCAAGUCAGUCUUUACCUGUGGAUUACACUGAAAGAGUGAUUCAACUUCAUUUGCAACAUUCUUCACUUCUUGACUUUCUCAAUACUCAAGGAGCAUGUAUUUCUCAUGUACUGCCAGAAUUUCUGCUUGAACCAGAAGAUUAUAAGAAGUGGAUUGAAAUUACAUCUUCCACUAAUACCUUGCCUGCGAGUUCCUGUAUACCUAAGGAAGAGCAUUCUAUUGUUAUAGAUAUGAGUAAGUUUGAAGCCUGGAGUAAACGGGCAUGGACGGAUGUAUUCCUUCAGACAUACAAGGUUCUGGUACUUUCCCGGGUUGUACCACAUUGCAGCAAUAAUCUGCCCCCCAUAAAGAUGCAAAAUUCACCAAAAGUCAGUUCUUGUUUUUCAUCCAGCAACAUAUAUUCUAAUUCUGAAAGGAUUCUGCUGAAUUGGAUGAACACAAAUUAUGAGAAUACCCGACAUAUUAUAUGGAAAAACUGUCACAAAGGUAUUAUUCCCUCUGAGAGAUGGAUAGUAAAUUUUGACAAAGACCUUUUGGAUGGCCUUGUUUUUGCAACACAAUUGGGAGCCUAUUGCCCGUUUUUGAUUGAGACUCAUUUUGUAAAUAUGUAUACACAACCAAAAAGUUGUGAACAGUAUCUACACAAUUGCCUGAUUAUUGUGAAUGUUUUUCGUGAAAUUGGCUUUGACAUGGACAUAGAGGCCAUUGACAUUUGUGACCCUAAUCCAAUCCUGAUGCUCAUGCUUUGUGUCUACAUGUACGAAAGGCUUCCCACAUAUCUCCCCAAGAAGGUGGUGCUCUUUCAUUGUACUCUACAUGACACUGUGCUGAGUAAGAUUCUGCUGAAAAAUUCAAGCGUGAAAAACUUAGUGUAUAAUGCCACAAUUGUUGGAAGAGAUGCCACUGACUUCUCCCUCUCCCAAACAGGGAACAUUGUGACAAUUUCUCCAAAAGAUGAAAUUAAUGUCACUGUGAAAUUCACCAGUCGCUUCCUUCAUCCUGCUGAAGCUUUACUACUAUUAAUUUCAAAACCUAAGAAUGCAAUAAGAGGCACUACGAUGGCUUUUGCUCUUAAGGGUGAAGUCCUCAAUUUUAAAGCCAUUGAAAUUAUAAAAUGCAAAUCCCCAUGUUAUAAAUGGAAAGAAAUCACUGUGAAUGUUAAAAGUCCCUUCCGUACUGCUGGAGACUUCAGUGUCAUUUUGGUGGAAUCGUCAACGUUUAUCUCUUUGACAUCCGAAUUAACUGAAUCUGGACAAUUGGCUGACCCCACGAACCCUGAUGAUGCUGUGAGUAGCAGUGGACGUGAUACUGCCGAGGGCUGUUUUCUUGUCCCAAAUGCCUUACAAACCUCAAUUAAGUCCAAUUUCAUCAGAGAGUUCUUCUGCUCCACACGUACUCUUCACCUGGGAGUGAAAGGGACUUCAAACCUGGAGCUCUUAUUUCUUCCCUUUGGCAUCCACACGCGCUAUUGUGUCAUCAUCCUAAGCAACAAAGAGAUUGGAGAAUUAAUAUAUGCUGUGGAAGGAAAUGGUAUGAUCCCCUUGCCUUCUAGCUUCCUUCCAACGAAUUCUUCCUCAAGUCCACUUGACUACAGCCGUUCUACAGACAAAGAGUUUAAUAAGGAAGAUCCAGUUCUAUAUUUGAAAUGCGAGCUCCGUCAAGUCCUGGAUGUGGACCUUAAAUUGCCACUGACUAAUGAAGCCAAGGAAAAGGCUUUGGCUUUUGCAGCGCAGCAACAGAUGUCGGAUAUAGAGUAUGAGAGAAGGUUGAUCACAGGCACUCUGGAGAGCAGUAGUAUCCGCGUGGCCAUCGCCCUCCUGGGACUGACUAAGAUCGAGACUUGUGUGCUCUUUAAUACCUCAAAGUUGAAGCAGCCUAAGUCCAUUUUAUAUACAACAGAACUGAGCCUUCCACAGCAUUUUAAUAUCCCCAAGAAAAUCUACAUUCCUCAGUUUUCAGAAACUCAAGCUGAAUUGACUCAGUGUGGAAGAAUUCAACCUGCAGAUAAAACAGCUUCAGAUGGAUCUGUUCCACUUCCUUUACGAUUUGUUCCUCUGAGUCCUGGACGCUACCCUUGUAAAAUUUUGUUGACAUCAAGGUAUGAUGUGCGUGUCUAUUAUGUUGAAGGUGUGGUGAAUGAAGAACAUCCAGAGGCCAGAUUUGAAUUUGAAACACCAGCAUUUGAAGCCCUUACCCAGAAUAUUCCAAUAAAUAAUAAAACAAAGAAGGAAUGGAAAUGUCAAGUUACUAUAGAAGGAGAAUGGUUUUAUGGACCUUCUAUUUUGUAUGUUGGAUCAGGUGAAACUGUGCAGUAUCCUCUCACAUUCAAACCUGUUUUGGAAUGUGAGAUUAUGGGCAAACUUAUUCUACACAAUGAAGUAGAUGGUAUGGAGCAUGUCUUUGAAAUAAAAGGGAUUGGAAGAAAACCCCUGGCCUUGGAACACAUCACUGUAGAGUGUCAAGUGGGGAGCGUAACAAAUAAACCCAUAAUGGUGCCCAAUUAUACAAAGACCAUCCUAACAUUUAAGGUGUCUUCAGAUCUUCCAAUAGUGUGGGGCAGUCCACAUAUCACCAUAGACCCUGAUAAUGCAGUCUCAUAUAGUUUGUACGUGAGUCCUUGGAAACGUGGUGUAUUCAAAGGUACAAUUUCAUUUUCAGUUAAAAGCAUACAAGAUGAUGAUUCUCAGGAAGACUCCGAUCAAGGUCGAGAUCGAACACCCUCCUUUCAGAAAUCAAUAUCAGAACUAUCCCAAGAAUUUGAGGAGGGAGACUCAGAUGAUGGUGUCAGCAAUUUACGAGUCUGGUAUGAUCUUGAGAUCCAUAGCUCUCCUGGGCCACCUGUAAACAUUAUUGAAAUGAAAUGUGUUGCUCUGGAGGGUGUUUGCAUUGAAAUACCUCUCUCUAAUCCAGAAGAGCACAUUGUUCACUUAGAUGUGCAGUUAUCAAGCGCUGCCCUCAGUGGACUCAAGAAACUUGUACUGUAUCCACUAGAAAGUCUCAACUAUGUGUUACGGUAUACUCCAGCGACUACAGGCUGUAGAGAUGAAAGCGUUGUUUUUCAACCUGAUAUGGCUCUAGAGUUCUGGUAUUUACUGAGAUUAACUACUGAAUUACCAACACCAACCACAAUGCCAGAAAUAGAAUGUGACCUUGGAAAGUGUGUCACUCAGAUGAUUCCCUUAAUUAAUCCUACACACGAAACCUUAGAAUUGCAAGCAACAAAUAGUAAUCCUGAUGAUUUUGUCCUGGAUGUAAAGAGAUCACCACUGACCGUACCUCCUCACUCCACCAAAGAGGUGUCUGUUCACUUUUGUCCUUCUGCACUUGGAAGAGCUGGUCAUCAAGCUUCUAUCAUCUUCUCCUGUGCUCAGUUCAAAGAAUGGAAAUUCUGCCUCUCUGGAGUAGGAAUAUUGCCCGAGACUCUAGACAUACAAAAAAUAACCACGUACCUUCAUCUUCCUUCAUCUAUCCUUAUACGUUUCCAAAAUCCCACCAAGGAAAAUGUUUUAGUCGAUAUCAUACUAACAAGUCGAGAAAGGCCGAGAAAUCUCAUCAUUGACCGUUACUGGAAUAGCUUCCUCAGUAAGGCUUCUGCCUUCAAGAUUAGUGGUUUGAGUCACUUACAAGGAAUUGCAUUGCCUCCUAAAGGGCAUGUAGAUAUCCCGGUGUUAUUUAUUCCCAAAGUUAUGAGAUUACACAAGACCUUGGUCAUUGUUCAAAUGACGAGGGCAAAUAGAAAAAGUUGGCCUAUUGACAAUUUUGAUGAAUUUAACACAGAGAUGAAAAGAGCUGUAGGAAUAGACUGCGGAGAAAUCCAAGCAAUACACUGGGUAUACCCUAUUCUUGGACUCCCACAGGCACCACAUCCUAAAUAUCCUCCAGUUGUCAUAAAUUGUCAGUCCAGGAAGCGGGUAGAAGAGAAGGUGGAAGUUGUACUGAGUGGUGAUUUUUUUGGGGAAAAUCCUAUCUUAGAACUGACAGAUUUUGUAGUGACUCCAAAAAGAAAUUCAGAUGAUUAUUAUGAAGAUAUCAAUGUUAUGUCUAUAAAACAUGAAUUUUUCUAUGAAAUUCUAUUUGAAUCUGAAGUUAUGAAGUCUAACUUGGAAUCCUGCUUGGCUUUAUGUUUGAUCAAAAGAUCUUAUAAUAUCAAUGCUGAAAGGAUAACAUUGGUCUUCAGACUGAUAUUUGCACCAAAGAAACCAUUGAGGACUCAAAUUACACUGAAAAUAGAGUGCAUAACAGAUGGGAUCUGGAAGUUUCCCAUAAUGUUGGUUGCUACUGAGCCUGAUGUGGACGAUGUCAUUAAUAUUGAAGGAGUUGGUUUAUUUAAGGAAUCUACUGUUGACUUCAGGCUGACAAGUCAGACAAGAAAUCCUGAGCCAUUCACUGCAUACUUCCUACCUGGCAGUGAUCCUGAGUUUUUUGUAAAACCUCAGGUUGGAGAACUUCUUCCUUUUAACACUGAAGGAACACUCAUCAUUGUGGGAUUUAAACCCCAAAUGUACGGUAGAAAAUACAAAGCAGCAUUAGUAAUACAGACAGCAGAUAUGUACUGGUUGUAUGAUGUCAAUGGGUUGCCUCAAGUUACCAAGCCACUGAAGAACGUGAAAGCCAAAAUUGACACUACUAACGAGACUUUUGACAGCAAGCCAGUUCAUCAGCGCAAUUUUAUCCGUGAAAAUGCUCAACUCAUAAGGACAGGGGUGUCCUCUACCAUCAAGGGUGCUCCUUUGAUGUUGAAGAAUAAAUAAAAAAUCAUUUUCCCAAAAUAUUUCUUGGUCUUAAGUAGAAUUGAACAUAUUUUCAUGAUUGUUAUUUCAUCUUUUGGAAUAUUUCUGAGCAAUAAUGUUUCAAUUAUAAUAGGCCUUCUAUAUUUUUUAAAACAUUGACUACAUCUAUUCUCC